AUGUUGUGGCACUGGCCGUUCAUCUACUGCCAGGCCAAGGACAACACCACCGACCCUAAACUGUGCCUCAACCACUGGGGCCACCGCAAGCUGUUUGUCGAUCCCAGGAAGGUACGAGUGGUGGAGAACCAUGUCGUUGCAGACCCAAGCGGGGGAGGGAAUGACCUGCCCACAGACGCACUCAGGCACCACCACUUCCGCGGUAUAAUAAAGUAUGGAGCGAGCGAGUGCAGUAUGAGCAUGAAGGAUGACGACCCCAUCGAAUGGUGGGCACACGGGACCGAGGAGGCGGACAGAAUGCACUAUGUGCGAACACACCCGCUCGAUGUGCCGUCUCUUGUUGCUUCACACAAGCCCCGCCUUGUCAUAUACUCACGGUAUAUUGAGUUUUGCCCAAUUAUGUUCUACCUUGCCCCGUAA